GAUCCACACGUCUCGGCCUCCCAAAGUGCUAGGAUUACAGGUUGUGAGCCACCGCGCCCGGCCAAUGUCAAAUAUUUCGCUGAUUUUCCUCGGUCAGCACCACCACAAUAAUUGUGCCACCUUACCCAUGCUACCCAUGCAAGGUUUAGACAUCUCUUUGACUCUUAUACUGUGGUUUCCAUUAUUUCCUCUAACAAGACAGCAGAAGCGGGAGAUUUGAAUCUUACUCAUUUUUCUCUUCCAUAUAAUCUUACUCCGAUCGUUCAAUUAAUAUCAGUGGAAUGAUUUAAAGAACAUUUGAAAAACCACUCGGACAAAACCCUCAGAUUCGAACUUGUUCCAGCAGCCAAAAAUACCCGCGGGACACGGCUACACUGCGCAGGCGCAAAGGCAGAUGGGCUUUCUCCAGAAGGGCUUUGCAUUUGGCGCGAAAUCCCUUUCCGUGGGCUGGGGCUCUUGGAGAGGCGCCGUUCAUUGGUCAGGUUUGGCGCGAAAUCUCCGGCUCCUGUGUCACGAUUGGUUCCGGCCGUGCAGGUCGGAAGAGGGGGCGGGUCGGAAGCGGCGGCGGCGCGCGCAAAGCUGCAGCGUCUGGAAAGAAGCGACUUGUGGCGGUCGAGCGUGGCGUAGGCGAAUCCUCGGCGCUAAGCAAAUAUGGACCUCGCGGCGGCAGCAGAGCCGGGUGCCGGCAGCCAGCACUUGGAGGUCCGCGACGAGGUGGCCGAGAAGUGCCAGAAACUGUUCCUGGACUUCUUGGAGGAGUUUCAGAGCAGCGAUGGAGAAAUUAAAUACUUGCAAUUAGCAGAGGAACUGAUUCGUCCUGAGAGAAACACAUUGGUUGUGAGUUUUGUGGACCUGGAACAAUUUAACCAGCAACUUUCCACCACCAUUCAAGAGGAGUUCUAUAGAGUUUACCCUUACCUGUGUCGGGCCUUGAAAACAUUCGUCAAAGACCGUAAAGAGAUCCCUCUUGCCAAGGAUUUUUAUGUUGCAUUCCAAGACCUGCCUACCAGACACAAGAUUCGAGAGCUCACCUCAUCCAGAAUUGGUUUGCUCACUCGCAUCAGUGGGCAGGUGGUGCGGACUCACCCAGUUCACCCAGAGCUUGUGAGCGGAACUUUUCUGUGCUUGGACUGUCAGACAGUGAUCAGGGAUGUAGAACAGCAGUUCAAAUACACACAGCCAAACAUCUGCCGAAAUCCAGUUUGUGCCAACAGGAGGAGAUUCUUACUGGAUACAAAUAAAUCAAGAUUUGUUGAUUUUCAAAAGGUUCGUAUUCAAGAGACCCAAGCUGAGCUUCCUCGAGGGAGUAUCCCCCGCAGUUUAGAAGUAAUUUUAAGGGCUGAAGCUGUGGAAUCAGCUCAAGCUGGUGACAAGUGUGACUUUACAGGGACACUGAUUGUUGUGCCUGACGUCUCCAAGCUUAGCACACCAGGAGCACGUGCAGAAACUAAUUCCCGUGUCAGUGGUGUUGAUGGAUAUGAGACAGAAGGCAUUCGAGGACUCCGGGCCCUUGGUGUUAGGGACCUUUCUUACAGGCUGGUCUUUCUUGCCUGCUGUGUUGCACCAACCAACCCAAGGUUUGGGGGGAAAGAGCUCAGAGAUGAGGAACAGACAGCUGAGAGCAUUAAGAACCAAAUGACUGUGAAAGAAUGGGAGAAAGUGUUUGAGAUGAGUCAAGAUAAAAAUCUAUACCACAAUCUUUGUACCAGCCUGUUCCCUACUAUACAUGGCAAUGAUGAAGUAAAACGGGGUGUCCUGCUGAUGCUGUUUGGUGGCGUUCCAAAGACAACAGGAGAAGGGACCUCUCUUCGAGGGGACAUAAAUGUUUGCAUUGUUGGUGACCCAAGUACAGCUAAGAGCCAAUUUCUCAAGCACGUGGAGGAGUUCAGCCCCAGAGCUGUCUACACCAGUGGUAAAGCGUCCAGUGCUGCUGGCUUAACAGCAGCUGUUGUGAGAGAUGAAGAAUCUCAUGAGUUUGUCAUUGAGGCUGGAGCUUUGAUGUUGGCUGAUAAUGGUGUGUGUUGUAUUGAUGAAUUUGAUAAGAUGGACGUGCGGGAUCAAGUUGCUAUUCAUGAAGCUAUGGAACAGCAGACCAUAUCCAUCACUAAAGCAGGAGUGAAGGCUACUCUGAACGCCCGGACGUCCAUUUUGGCAGCAGCAAACCCAAUCAGUGGACACUAUGACAGAUCAAAAUCAUUGAAACAGAAUAUAAAUUUGUCAGCUCCCAUCAUGUCCCGAUUCGAUCUCUUCUUUAUCCUUGUGGAUGAAUGUAAUGAGGUUACAGAUUAUGCCAUUGCCAGGCGCAUAGUAGAUUUGCAUUCAAGAAUUGAGGAAUCAAUUGAUCGUGUCUAUUCCCUCGAUGAUAUCAGAAGAUAUCUUCUCUUUGCAAGACAGUUUAAACCCAAGAUUUCCAAAGAGUCAGAGGACUUCAUUGUGGAACAAUAUAAACAUCUCCGCCAGAGAGAUGGUUCUGGAGUGACCAAGUCUUCGUGGAGGAUUACAGUGCGACAGCUUGAGAGCAUGAUUCGUCUCUCUGAAGCUAUGGCUCGGAUGCACUGCUGUGAUGAGGUCCAACCUAAACAUGUGAAGGAAGCUUUCCGGUUACUGAAUAAAUCAAUCAUCCGUGUGGAAACACCUGAUGUCAAUCUAGAUCAAGAGGAAGAGAUCCAGAUGGAGGUAGAUGAGGGUGCUGGUGGCAUCAAUGGUCAUGCUGACAGCCCUGCUCCUGUGAACGGGAUCAAUGGCUACAGUGAAGACAUAAAUCAAGAGUCUGCUCCCAAAGCCUCCUUAAGGCUGGGCUUCUCUGAGUACUGCCGAAUCUCUAACCUUAUUGUGCUUCACCUCAGAAAGGUGGAAGAAGAAGAGGACGAGUCAGCAUUAAAGAGGAGCGAGCUUGUUAACUGGUACUUGAAGGAAAUCGAAUCAGAGAUAGACUCUGAAGAAGAACUUAUAAAUAAAAAAAGAAUCAUAGAGAAAGUUAUUCAUCGACUCACACACUAUGAUCAUGUUCUAAUUGAGCUCACCCAGGCUGGAUUGAAAGGCUCCACAGAGGGAAGUGAGAGCUAUGAAGAAGAUCCCUACUUGGUAGUUAACCCUAACUACUUGCUCGAAGAUUGAGAUAGUGAAAGUAACUGACCAGAGCUGAGGAACUGUGGCACAGCACGUCGUGGCCUGGAGCCUGGCUGGAGCUCUGCUAGGGACAGAAGUGUUUCUGGAAGUGAUGCUUCCAAGAUUUGUUUUCAGAAACAAGAAUUGAGUUGAUGGUCCUGUGUGUCACAUUCAUCAUAGGUUUCAUACCAACACAGGCUUCAGCACUUCCUUUGGUGUGUUUCCUGUCCUGAAGUUGGAACCAAAUAAUGUGUAGUCUCUAUAACCAAUACCUUUGUUUUCAUGUGUAAGAAAAGGCCCAUUACUUUUAAGGUAUGUGCUGUGUUAUUGAGCAAAUAACUUUUUUUCAAUUGCCAGCUACUGCUUUUAUUCAUCAAAAUAAAAUAACUUGUUCUGAA